ACUCAACAUUAUUCUGCUCUGUCCAUAUAGACAAUAUAUAAAUAAAACUUUCGGUAGAACUUUUGUUUUGGUAAUCAUGGAAUCCAUGCUCUCGUCUAAACUCGGCCUUGCCGAUAUUGUCGAUAAGUUGCCUGGUGCUAGAAUAUUGCUAAGGGCCGACUUUAAUGUGCCCAUUAAAGAAGGAGUCAUCGGGGAUUGCACACGCAUAAAAGCAACAAUUCCUACGAUCGAAUUUCUUCUAAAACACAAUGUCAAAUCUAUUGUUAUGAUGUCGCACCUUGGAAGGCCUGAUGGUAGCCGUGUAGAAAAGUACUCUCUUCGUCCGGUCGCUACCGAGCUCUCCAAAAUUUUAAACAAAAAGGUUGAUUUCCUUGAUGACUGCGUUGGUGAAACUGUUGAAAAGUUUUGUCAGGAAGCUCCUACAGGAACGAUCGUGUUGUUGGAAAAUCUUAGAUUCCAUGCUGCAGAAGAGGGAGUGAAAGAUAAGGUAAAGGUCGAUGACAGCAUUAUCCAGGCAUUCCGCAAUAGCCUGACCAAAUUAGGUGAUAUUUAUGUUAAUGAUGCAUUUGGAACAGCUCAUAGAGCUCACAGUUCUAUGGUCGGUGUAAAUGUGCCUAUUAAAGUGGCAGGACUCCUUAUGAAAAAGGAGCUAGACUACUUUGCCAAGAUACUUGAAACUCCUAAGAGACCGUUCAUGAGUAUUUUGGGCGGUGCUAAAGUUAAGGACAAAAUACAACUAAUUAAAUCCAUAAUGCGAAAGGUUGAUAUUCUAUUCAUAGGCGGUGGUAUGGCCUAUACGUUCAAGAAUGUUCUCAAUGGAAUGCCCAUAGGUCAAUCAUUAUAUGAUGAAGAAGGAGCGAAAAUUGUUCCAGAUAUAAUGGCUGAAGCGAAGCAACUUGGUGUUAAAGUAUACCUUCCAAUUGACUUUAAAGCUGCUACUGCGUUUUCCAAUGACGCUCCUUUUAAGGUUGUUAGCGAAGCAGAUGGGAUAUCUGAUGAUUCACAAGGUUUGGACUGUGGCCCAAAGACAGUGGAACUGCUCAAAACUGUUAUAGAAGGCUGCCAAACCAUUGUGUGGAACGGCCCACUUGGUGUCUUCGAAUUUUCUAAUUUUGCAACGGGUUCGAUUGCCGCAUUAGAUAUCGUUGGAGAAGCUACCAAAAGAGGAGCAAUCAGUGUGAUUGGUGGCGGUGAUACAGCAUCUCUUGCCGAACAAACAGGCAGGGCUCAUCUUUUCAGCCACGUUUCUACCGGUGGUGGCGCCUCACUCGAACUGAUGGAAGGAAAGGUUCUUCCAGGUGUCGAUGCCCUUUCAAGCAAGUGAAUAUGAAAGUCGGCAUGUUGCGGUCUUCUAAAAGUUGAGAUAUGUAUAUUACACCUAUUUAUAAUGGACUUUAUCAUAUUGGGAUGUCAAGACGCAAUUUCACUAAUUUGAAAGA